CUAGAGGGCUGCUGGGAGGUCUCCGUGUCCUUUCCAAAGGGAUUCUCAACGAUGAGACGCACCCAGCCCAGGCCGGGCCGCUGCAUCGCCCCCUUGCGGAUGCCUCUGCACGCGUCCAGAAAGGCGGCGGGUGGCAGGGCCAGGUAGAAGAGACGGUUUCCGCCCUGCUGCAGCCCUUUGAAGGAGUGCUCCAUCUGACAUGCCUUCUCCUUCAGACGUGCAAGGGCUUCGGCAGGGUCGCGGGACGCAGACACAUGACUGAUUUUCUUCAAAAAGGCAUCCACGUAACAGCAAAGUUCAUACAACACUGA